AUGUCCUUUUUAUACAGGCAGGAGAUAAGAUCGCUGCAGGAUGGCUCGCCGAACACCUUCAUAAUCGGUGUGAUUAUAAACAGCACGAAUAUGAAAACGUUUGUCGUAUCUCGUGCCAGAUUUAAUACUGGCGAACGUGGCGUAUGGACAUUCACUUUGCGCGACUCCGAGGAUGACUUUAUUAACGUCACUGUAUGGGGCAGCACGGAAUAUGUAAAAAAAUUAUCGUCCACAUUUAUCAUCGGAUCCGUAGUGGAAGUGAUAAGCGCAAAAAUCGUGAAACGCAAUCUCAAUGAUAAGAACGAACAAUUCAUGCCAUCGACCUCCAGCCCUUUUACCUUGAUCAUAAAUGAGGGUAUAGCCUUAAUACAGAAUCACGACGCGCCAACUCGCGAACAAUACAAAGAUCUGUUAACGCGACCUGUGAAAAAUGUGACCUCCGCGAAAAGCCUAAAAACUAUUCUGGAUAAUAUAGACGCUCUGUGUGAUCGCUUCGUUGAUCUUCUGGUCGUUGUUACGUUUAUUGCUGAUGCUCGUAAUAUAAUGACACGGAAUGGACGAUCCUUAACGUGUCGCAAUUUCGAAGUCGCAGAUGGAUCGACGGAUAAUACCGUGUCAUUGAUGUUGUGGGAUAAUGACUGGAUUGAGAGAUCUGCCUCUUGGGAACCGAAGAAGACAAUAUUAUUCUUGAUCGAUGCUCGCAUUGCAUAUGACGAGUAUAAGAAGAAAAUGACGUUAAGUAUCUCAAGACGAACGUUGAUCACGGAGUGUCUGAACAUACCCCAAGCUGCAGAUAUUAUGAAUGCGGUGCAGCAUUAUGAUCCUGAUUCCAUAUGCAGCGAUCCGUUCGCCAUACCAAAUCCGGAGACUAUUACGACUGUAAUGACGGUACAACAAAUCACAGAGAAAUUACAAAAGAAUAAAGCGACUGCGGAGGGUGAAAGAUUGCAAUUCGCAACGAUCGUAAGGGCUUCGGUAACCGAAAUGAAUUUGGACGGUCCACUCAAAGAUGUGAUAUCUAUAAAAUGUGCUCUAUGUAAAAAGUCUAUCGCAGACGUGCAAGAUUCCUGUAUGAAUUUAAAUUGUCCGUCUGGCAAUGGAAUGCGAACACCAUUAAAUACUGUAAAGUUUAAUGUAAAAAUAAAUUUGAAAGACGACACCGGAUAUCUUAUCGGAUGUCGUUUAACCGAUGACAUCGCGGAGCGUGUCUUGGGCUACACAGUUGAUGAAUUUCAGACAAUGACAGUAGAAAAGCGCAGCGAAUUAAAAUGGCUAUAUUUGUUAGAAAAAUGUGACGUUCGUCUAUAUAUUCUCGGACCGACAUCUGUCUUUUCGCGCACCUUAUAUAAGGUCUUAUCUAUUCAACCAGACAAUGAAAUGGAACAAGCUCUCGAACAGAUUGCAUCUGUGCCUCAGUAUUAA